AUGGCAACAGGUUAUGAAGAUACCAGAUUUGAAACGCAAGUUGACGAAAGCCUUCAUUGCAUUAUAUGCACAGAAGUAUUAAAAGAUCCAGUACAAUGUCGCAGGAAUGAACAUCGUUUCUGUAGGAAUUGUAUCACUGAACAUCUACGACAUCCACAGACAUGUCCAACAUGUAAAGACCCCAGACCUCAACGAUUCCUGGCGAACACUCUGUCAAGUUUGAAGAUUUCGUGCGAGAAUUCCGAGCGUGGUUGUCACAAGGACGUCGAACUUGGCUCACUCGACACACACGUAGCAACUUGUAGUUUCAGUCCAAUGCCAUGUUCAAACGAUCAAUGUGAGGAAAUAAUAAGUCGACGUGAUAAAGAAAUCCAUGAAAAUAAAGUUUGUGAUUUUCGACGAGUCAAGUGUGAUUACUGCGCCCAAAUGGUGCUGUAUAAGGACUUUAUGCAGCAUGUAUGUCCACCAAGGCAAGAAAUUCGUGAAAUAAAAGCCGAGGUGAGAGAAGUUCACUCUACGCAAGAUGAAAUGUUUAAAAUGAUGCAAAAUAUGAUGUCGAGUCUCAUGAGGCUUGAAAGAAAUACGGCACAACGUUCAGAAGGCAGUCAUGCAAGCAGUGGUCAGGAAUUGCAAGCCGAGAUUGUCAUCGCAGGAGGGUUUGAUUGUAAAUCUGUGGAAGUGUUCAACAUGACAACCAAAACAUGGCGGUCACUGUCAGAGAUGAAUGAAUGUAGAUUUGGAGCAAGUUCAGUUUUAUACCAAGGUCACAUGUUUCUGAUAGGAGGGGAUUCUGGACUACUCGAAUACCUGGACAGUGCUGAAGAACUAAAUCUUGCUGAGCAAGAUGGACAUUGGGCUGAAUCUCAAUUUAAAUCACCAGUACCGUCCAAUCACGCAUGCGUGGUAUAUCAGAAUCGUGUUUUUCUUAUUGGAGGAAGUGUUUAUCCUGAAACCUAUGAUGGAAUACAUGAAAUUCAGCUGAUCCCUCCCUAUACAUCAAGGUUGCUUACUAAGAUGCCCAUGCAAUUAAUUUACUAUGGUGCCGAGACAGUGAAUGGCAAGAUAUGCAUCAUUGGUGCCAAUAAGACAAAACCUUAUAAAGCCGCAACCAACACUGUUCUCAUGUUUGACCCAGCAACCAAUACUUGUACAGAGCUGAAGCCACUUCCAUAUCCGGCAUCAACGAUGACAACUGUAACUUGGAAAGACAAUGUGGUCGUCCUUGGUGGGGUGGACGAUCAACACAACACUCUCAGUACAGUGAUACUGUAUAAUGUUACCACAGGAAGUCAUCGCAUGCUUCCCGAGAUGACAAAGAAGCGAUAUCGUUGCACAGCAGUGACCGUUGGUGAUAAUAUUAUCGCAAUGGGCGGGUGUGAUGAAAGUGACACUGAUCUUAACUCUGUUGAAUGCUAUAAUUUCCACACCAACACGUGGACAGAGUUCCCAGCCAUGGCUGAAACAAGAUGUGGUGCUACUGCUGUUGUAAAAUAUUGCUGA